CAAAACAAAACAAAAUCUAUUUUGGUAAUGUGACGGUCAGGUGACGAACCAAACGAUUAAGUUUCCCUCUGAUUGUGCUAAACUGGAACAGCCGAACUCCGAAAUGACUCCUAAUCCGAAGGAAAACAAACUCAAGCAGAGCCCGACAGAGGAGCAGUCCAGUGGCAGUGGAGAUGACCAGCAGGCGACGUUAUCAGAAGAAGAAUACGAUGAUGAGGAAAUCGAUGUAUCCCUGGAUGACUUCGACUCGGUAAACUCGUACCUGGAUUCGCUCAAUUCGGCUCUGGAUGCGAUCGAGCAACGGAACGACGAUCUGAAGGAGCAGUUACUGAGCUUACUGCAAUCCAAUCGCGAAAUUCGUCAAUCGAUGCAGGAGGAGAACGCCAAACGGUCCAGUGGAGGCAACGGAGACGGUGCCGGAUCUGAACCGGAAGCCGCCGCCGGAGACGCCAUGGAGCAUUGAGCCUUCGAUACGAUUCAUUCCUGCUUGUAAUGAAGUAUUUUGCGACUGCCGAAGGUCCAACAGUUAUUGGUUCUGAGAUGUUAGAUGCCAGUACUGAGAUCGUUUUAACAAAAAACUUUGAUCAGAUUCUUAAGAACAAUUUCAGGAAAAAAAAAGUAAUUUUCGACUCAGUUGUUGGAUUAUCGGCAAUAAAUUCAUUAAGAUCGAUAAUAUAAUUUAAAAUGUAUGUUUAGUGAUUGUUGUGUAAAUAAAUACAUAUUUGUUAUUAGUAAA